AUGUCCAAAAAACGUUCUUAUUUUCUUGAAACUCCACCCAGAGAUUACAGCUUUUUGGGUUUUUAUCAAUAUCGUCGACAGCAGUCCGAUUUCACUUUCUCAUUUAGAAAGGAGGCCCUUAAGCUCAAGAGUGAUCUCAACGAACUAAUGAAAGAUGAUUCAGAGGAAGUUAAGACGGUUGCAAGCCAUCUAUUACACAAUUACAAGGUAAGGACUGCUCGAACCGUGAUUCAUGGAACCAGGAAUUUGAUCAAGACCGCUAUCGAAGAAGUCAACAGAACACUGAAACCCGAUGAAAGUUUAGUUUCUAAUAAUAAAUUGGAUGAUGACGACGUGACUCCUAGCCGAAAGAAGCAAAGAACUGAUACCGAGUUUCCUCCUUCUACAAGCAUACAAACGUCCACCAUUUUUAAACCUGAUAAU